AUGGCGUUUGAGAAGCCAGCCGUUGUCCUAGAUAAUGGCAGCUACGUUAUGAAGGCUGGAUUUGCAUGCGAUAACCAUCCGGUAGCUAUGUUCAGGACGUUAGUUGGCCGACCGAGUUAUUUGCAAGGGGGUUAUGGGAGGGAGCCCUACGAUGUCUUCAUAGGGGACGAUGCUAUUGCUAAAAUCGAUGAUUUGGAAUUGAGCCAUCCGGUGGUGAAUGGGGAAAUAGUACAUUGGGAUAAUAUGGAGAGGAUUUGGCACCAUGUCUUCUAUAGAGAGCUAAAAGCUGCACCUGAGGACAGGGCGGUUAUGAUGGCAUGCCAUAAUUCGGCAACCAUGCAAGAAAAAAUAAAAUGCUGCGAAAUAUUUUUCGAGGUUUUAAAUUCACCGGCGCUCUGCAUUCAGGCCUUAAGCGUUCUAUCCAUGUACGGCUCGGGUUCUACCACAGGCAUUUGCGUGGACCUGGGUUAUGACACUACCGACAUCAGUCCAGUCUUUGAAGGGGGGCAAAUCAAGUAUGCCCACAUCCGAACCGGCCUGGCAGCAGCUCAAAUAUCGAGCUACAUAAAGCGGAGCCUCGUCGAGCGCAAUUUAGCGCACGCAAUAAAAACGCCUAACGACAUAGACUGCAUAUUACGAGAGAUAUACAUAAGUCGUGACUGUGCUAUGCCAAGACGGGGUUACGCAAGGGUCUUUAAUGGGGCCAGUGGCGAGAGAAUCGAUCUGGCUAAUGAAGCGUUCAUGGCUGGCGAAAUGCUAUUCCGACCGGACACAGUUAUGGGCCAGGCGACGAAUUAUAUGCCGCUACACGAUGCGGUUGUGACGGCCUCGCUUAAGUGUGACGCUGAGAUAUGUACGGAGCUCUACGAAGCCAUCGUGACGUGCGGGGGAUUGGCUAUGAUACCAGGUAUUAACGAACGCUUACAAAUUGAGCUAGAGGAGCAGCUUAACCGGCCCGUCAAUAUCUUAUCGUCGCCGGAAGCUUACUCGGUCGCGUGGCUAGGGGGCGCCACUUUCGCCGGGCUUCCAGAUGCUAAGAAAAUGUGGAUAACACGUAGACAAUACGAAGAGCAUGGUGUCAAAAUAAUAAAGAAUAAAUUCAUGUAA